AUUCUGAAAAAGAUCUGUAGUUGUUCGAACUCAGUCAUCACACGGACAGGUUCAUUAUCCGCAAAUAUAAUUUAAGGUCUGCAUCAGAUUUCUUCGUGUGGUAUUUCUUGUGUUGAAACUGAAAAGAAAAUUGUGCAAUAAUUAAAACAUUUUGUGUUUGAAUCAAACUUUUGUUUUUUUUAACGAAAACAAAAAUCGAUUUUUAUGGUGUUUUGAAUUAUUGAGAAGGGAAAUUGUGGAAAAAUAUUCAGUGGAUGUACAGAAUUGUUGAGAAAAUUCAAAAAUCUUUCUUUAAUUUGAUUGUUAACUUUGGAAACUUUUUUAUCUUGGAAAAUUCAUUUAUUUACAAAUUUCAAAAGGCAGUCGAGUGUGUCUACUGGGUUUUUGGUGGUUUCGGAAAACCUUGAACGAAAAGGUGUUAAAUAUUAAGUGUUUCAGUGAAAUCAGAAGCUUUAAAAAAUUUAAGAAGCGUGAAAACAAUUUCAAAAAUUGCAGGAUAAAUUUGCGAUUGCUACUUAAACAUUAUUUCACUUCUUAAAAGUGUUUUUUAAAACAGAUAAGAUAAAUGGAUGCCGAAACAGAAGGGCUGCCGCCCGUAGAAAACGAAAACAACUCGAAUCCAAUCGAUAUUCACGCACGUCGAAAAUGGUUUAAAUCACAACAAUCAACCGUUGCAACACGAAGACAACAAGCCGUUUGUGUGCGAAGAGCUCAUAAAAUUUAUGGAACGAAGAAGAAUCCAAAUGUUAUUUUGGAUGGAUUGAACAUGACAGUACCGAAGGGUGCAAUAUAUGGAUUGUUGGGUGCCUCGGGAUGUGGAAAAACAACACUUUUGUCAUGUAUUGUUGGCAGACGUAGACUGAACUCUGGAGAAAUUUGGGUGUUGGGUGGAAGGCCAGGAUCGAAGGGAUCGGGCGUGCCAGGUCCACGUAUAGGUUAUAUGCCACAAGAAAUUGCCCUGUAUGGCGAGUUCACGAUAAGAGAAACUUUGAUUUAUUUCGGAUGGAUUUAUGGAAUGAACACCGAUGAUGUUGAUGAAAAAACUGAUUUCCUUCUCAAACUGCUUCAGCUUCCUAACGCUUCUCGAUUUGUAAAAAAUCUGAGUGGAGGUCAACAAAGACGAAUGAGUCUCGCUGCUGCUCUCAUUCAUGAACCAGAGCUUUUGAUUCUUGAUGAACCGACCGUUGGUGUUGAUCCCGUUCUUCGUCAAACCAUUUGGGACUACUUAGUUGACAUAACAAAGUUUGGUAAAACUACAGUCAUCGUUACAACUCAUUAUAUUGACGAAACACGACAAGCUCACAUGAUUGGAUUAAUGCGCGGUGGAAAGUUUCUUGCCGAAGAGUCACCAGACGAUUUACUACGACAAUAUCACGCAGAUUCAUUAGAAGACGUGUUUUUAAAGCUUUCAGUGAUACAAAACAUGGGAAAAAGAAGAAGAUCGUCGAUUGCGAAAGAAGUCAUCGAUGCCGUACAACUGCCAGCGAUGACAAACCCAGCACUGGAUUUAUCACAUGAUGAUGAUAAUGGUGAAAUUUCCGGAGAGUUUGGAGAUAAUAUUUCGAUGUCGUCACGUGGUCCGGAUUUAACUUCACCACAUGUUGUAGCUGCUACACCAUUACCACCCGAAGAGGAAGCAUCGUCUUCAUGCUCUGAUUAUUUUAAAAUUUUAAAAUCACAUCAUAUGAAAGCUCUGAUCUGGAAAAACUUUUUGUGGAUGUGGCGAAACGUUGGAGUGAUGUGCUUUGUUAUUGGCUUGCCUGUCUGUCAAACAAUUUUGUUUUGCUUAGCUAUAGGUCACGACCCCACCGGACUUCAAAUUGCUGUGUCAAAUCAUGAGCUUUCAGAAAAUCUCCUGGCACAACAAAAAUGUCCCAUCUAUAAAGGCUGCAAUGCAACGAUGUUGAGUUGUCGUUAUUUAGAAUUUCUAAAAAAUCGUAGUGUUGUUGUGACGCACUAUGCGACUGACGAAGAAGCCUAUGAUGUGGUGCGAAGAGGAAAAGCUUGGGGUGCUUUGGUCUUUGCACAUAAUUAUUCCGAAUCUCUAGUCGACAGAACAGAAUAUGGGCAAUCGACGCCUGACAGUGUUAUUGAUGCAUCUGAAUUAAAUGUUAAACUUGACAUGUCAAAUCAACAAAUCGGCACGCUUCUGUAUCGUGACAUUCAAUAUGCGUACUUAGAUUUCAUUGAAAACAUUUUGAAGGAAUGUGAUCAAGACCCGGCUGUUGGUCGCAUACCGAUAGCAUGGAAGGAUCCAAUUUAUGGCGACCGCAUCCCAAAUUUCACAGAUUUUGCUGCUCCCGGUGUUCAACUUACAAUUAUUUUCUUUUUAUCGGUUGCUCUUACAUCUGGUGCCAUGGUAAUCGAAAGGAACGAAGGAAUCUUAGAACGUUGUCUUGUAUCAGGCGUUACGGGUUUUGAAAUUCUCGCAUCACACGUCGUUACGCAAUUCCUCGUGAUGUGUUUCCAAACGACGCUCGUAUUGAUUUUCAGCUUUUCCGUAUUUGAAUUGACAUUACGCGGUGACUUGUUCUGGGUGAUUAUGCUUGUUUUAGAGACAGGCUUGUGCGGCAUGUGUUUCGGCUUCGUUAUCUCGUGUGCUGUUGACAAUGAACGUUCAGCUACUUAUUUGGCUUUAGGAUCGUUUCUACCCAUCAUAAUGUUGUGUGGUAUCAUUUGGCCAAUCGAAGGCAUGCAUCCGUUACUAAAGUUCCCAUCUUUCUUCUUGCCACUUACACUAUCCACGGAGUCAUUGCGGUCCAUCACCCAACGUGGAUGGCCAAUUGAAGAUCCACACGUUUAUAUUGGAUUCAUAUCUACAGGCAUUUGGAUUCUUAUCUUCCUCACAGGCAGUAUUUUGUUAUUGAAAUUCAAGAAAGGUUAAACAUGUCAAACUAAAGGUUUACUUUCCUCUCCCCAACUAAACAUGAAAAACGUCGGGUUUUGAUGUUUUCUUCUUUUUUCCAUUUUUUUAUCAUCUCUUUUCUGACUCCUUUUGAACCCUCAGUCAAACAUGACAAACAUGAUGGAAAAGUAUUUAUUUUCUAGAUGACAAAACACAAAAAUGUUUCCACCAUACGGUUGUAUUUUAAAAAACAGUUUAUGUUUGUUUAUGCUGUGUCAUCCUCUUUCAAUUAUUAAUAAACAUUUUACAUUUAUUUUCGAACACUUUAUCAAGGAAAAACCUUCAGAACUUGUAAGUGGAUAAUGUUCUCAGCAAAACAAAACAGAAAACAAAAUUGCAAUUCAUAAAUUACCAACCAAAUUAAUUUAAUAGUUUGAUUGAAUAAAUGCAAGUAUUAUGCAAAUGUUUCACAUGAUAAAAUUUUUUAAACAUUCAUUAUGAACAAAUUGUGUCAUCCAAUUUAUAACUAUUAUGAUGAUGACAUUGAGUAUUUUCUUUUAAAGUUUAAUAGCUUUUUGAAGUUUGAGAUGAUAAUUUAGAUAAAACUGUUCAUAAAUAGUUUGGUAUGUAAUUGUUUGUAAGAAAUUGAUGAAAAUUUUCUAGCACUUAACAAUCAAUCAAUGUCAUUGAUUUUAUAUUUAUAAGAUGGCUAAGGAAGAACAUUUAACAAUACACAUUUUAAACAACAUUAAAAGAAGCUUUUUACAGAAUACUUAGAAUCAAGCAGAGAGCCAGUGAAAGUUAUUGUAAAGAUUUCUCGCUGUUUCAGUGAAAGGAGAUUGACACAAUAAUUUGUGUGCUUUUCUUCCUUUUGAAAAUGAUUAAUAAAAAUAUCAACAAACAUAUCAAUUCUGGAU